UUUUCUCUCUCAAGAACACAAAAUCAGAAAAGAAGAAAAUUUUUUAAAAAAAGAAAAAAGGAGAAAUGAAUUGUUUAUUGUUUUAUAUUUUGUGUGUAAAAAUGGCGGAACCAGAACUGCACCUACUCAAUAUUAUUACCAUCCGACGACCUGCAAUCGUUGCAUAGAGAUUGUGCGCACGCACUCAACCAUAUGUAUCUGAAUCUCUCAUCAGACUGUAAUUGAUUCCUGGACCGUGCUUGGAUUGCAAAAAUUUGCUUAAUUCUACAGAUGGUUACACGCACUCCUGCGUAUUUUUACACAUACAUGUUCACUUGUACCGUGUCUUUAUAGCUGGAUGAUGACUUUGUUUCUGUUGAUGGAGGUGAACAGCUUUUUUUGGGGGUUGUUGCAAUUGAAUUGAUGAUGACAACUGUGAACUGGAUCUGAAAGACUGAAACCCUAAAAUUCAGCUCUGGACUUCACUCAAUUUGACAAGGCAUCUCGUUGGAGAUUUCUCAGUUGCUGAUCGAACUGUAUAUACAUACACCCUAGUACAUAUCUGAACAUCUGGAAAACAUGCAUGCGAAGCAUCGAAGUGGACCUGGGAAUGGGUACAGGUCAAAUGCUAUGGGGAUGGGGGGUAUGGCAGCUGCCUCCCGAAUUUCGCCUGAAAGUUCAAUGAGAGGUCACCGGAUGUAUAAUUCUGAGUACAGGAACUACAAUCGAGGUGGUUAUGGACGUGGUGGUCGUUCAAAGCAUUUUCAGCCAACACUGCCUCCUCGACGGGGGGCUGACAUUUUCGUGGAAGCUGGUAGACUGGCUGCUGAAUAUUUGGUUUCUAAAGGAGUGCUGCCUCCAAAUGCACUUUCAGGAAAGUGGCAGAUUGAUGGCUUGAAGAACCAGGUGAGCAACUUUCAGGGUUUUAGGCCACAUGAAGUAGAAAAAAUACAGAUUCCUGCAGAUGGCCGUGCAUCAGCUCAUUCCCGUUUAGGAAAUGCCGCUCUAGAUGUAGGACCAGGCAGGAGAAGGUAUUCUGAUGAAUAUAAUCCAAUGGAUUCAAGGAGCUCUCUGAGAGGGAGGAAAAGAAGCGGAUCCUUAAAAGAUUAUGGGUCAGAUGUAAACAAAGAGUUGGGAAGAAGUGGAUCAUGGGCUGAGAAGAGUAAGGUUUCCCCAGGGAAGGAGGUGGACAGUGAUGCUUCUGUUGGAUAUCAUGAUGAGCAGCCUGCAGGUAAAGAUGGUCGUGGUGUGUUGCAAAAUCCAUCUCCUGGUGAAAUUACUCAAGAAGUUGAUACUGAAGCUCAUAUAGAAUCUGGACUGGAGAAACGUAACUUGAAGGAGGAUGCAGAUGGAAGUGAUAGUACUUUGAGUAAUGAAAAAUAUCUACCAUCAAAUGGAGAUGGGGAACCCAUCACAAAGUAUGACAAUGCCAGUAAUGAUGAGGCUAAGGUGGUGAAAGAAGGAAGCAAUGGUAAUGAAUUGCACCAAAAGCAUGAAGAGGAUAAGGAGGCUAAUGCUUCUGUGAAAGAGGAUAAUCUUGUUAGUCAGGACCAUGUUGAUUUAGUUAAACACUGCAAAUUUUUCAAUGUUCCCACUAAAGCUCGUUCUUCAUUGACAGUUAAGGGUUCAAAGGGUGAACAAGAUCCCAAGAAUGAAGAUGAGAAUAAUUCCAAAAGAGAACUUUUGGAAGGUACUGGAGUUCGUGUUAUAGAUACUGACAUUGGCAGUUCAGCUGGUACUGCUGUAUCUCACCAAAAUCAUGAAUUUAGGAGCCUUCAGUCAGAGAUUCUAAAUGCUCCUGCAAUGGAGAAAGAACUGGAUGUUAGUUACACAACGAGGUCAGGACAAUGCCUGAGGUCUGGAUCUUUUCCUGAAAGAUCUGGAUACAAAGAGUCAGAGACAGAACCAGAUGAGCAGCUGUCGGAUUUUGGAAGUUCAAACUCCUUGCUUAUGGAGAGAGGUGAAAAACGGGCAAUAGAUCAUAACGCUGAUAAUAGGGAGGACUUCAAAAAACUUAAACAAUGGGUUCCUCACCUGGUUGCUCAAUCUGAUAGUUCCCCGCCCCUUUCUAGUUCAAUGGAAAAUCGGCCAAUAUUGGAAGAGCUGAGAUCCUCAAAGAGUGCUCAAGUGGCUCUAUCUCCUGAUCAGAAAAGUUUGGAUAUUUCACUAUUUCCCAAAGGUCAUGCUGACUCGUGUGAGUUCAUGGAAGAGAAGCAGCUGUUUCCAGGUUCAUUCGAUCUGAAUCUUGUUGGAACUUGUGAUGUCAAUGAGAAUCAUGACGGUGAUCACAUGCUUGUUUUUCCAUCUGUUACGCAAACCGGGAAAGUAGCAACACCUAUUGAUGUUGAUUUGUCCAUGGGGAAUAAUGGCAAUCUGCCUAAUAAAAAUGGCAAACAUGUGGUUAAUGAUGAUGAUAUUGAGAUUAUUGAUUUGGAAAAGGAUACUGGGCCAGAAGACAAGACUGUCAAUAAUCCUGAGAGAAGGGGAGAUAUGUUCACUGACCUGGAUGGCUUUCCUAAUAAUGUGCAUAAUGCUAAUGGGAUCCCCGAUGUUCAGGACGGUUAUGGACUAAUGAUAUCGGAACUUCUUGGAAAUGAUAUUCCAAACUGUUCUUCUGUACCUACAGACUUGAAUUCUUUGCACAAUCAUAUGGGUCUUCCUAAUGCAGAGGGAAUUCUUGGUGAUGAUGAUUCAAUUUAUAUGUCCCUGGGAGAAAUACCAAUAAGCCUUCUGGGAGCUUGGGAGCAGCCAAACCAGGACUAUGGGAAACCAUUUUGAGCAAAUUAAUGUUGUUUUGUUGUAUGCCCUCUGAGGUAGCCUCACCCGGAACUGGUCAACACAGGACUAUGCUAUUGAUAUGUUGGAUCAUUUCUUCUUGAUAUCAUUUCUGUGCAGAGUCUCAGGCAUGUCAAAUCUUGCAGUUGCGAUGAGGAAUUGCCUUCUACUGCAACUUUUAAUACCUCAUCAUUAUUUAUGAUCUUGCCUGUACUGAAUUUGAUGAGAUUCUCACAUAGGAUGUGUCUUGAAGUUGUUGGAAUGGUAAUUUUCCUUGCAUAAUCGCUCCUCAUAACAAGUUGCAAAGUUCA